AUGAACUUCUUCGUCGCUACUUUUCUAGUCACCUUGGUCACUAGCGCCGUUGCGGUGCCCCAUUCAAACAUCUCUUCCUCCGACGUUGGAAAGAAGAUCCUAUCUACAGCUAUGACAGCCAAGGGAACGCCCUAUGCUUGGGGUGGUGGUGCCUGCAGCGGGCCUACUGAUGAUCAGCCUCCUUAUGAUUACGGCGAUGUUGGCUAUGACUGCUCCGGUCUCGUAUGCUGGGCCGUCUGUAAGGUGACUGGCCGCGAUCUUUUCACCGAGGGGCUCCGAGUGACCUCUUCCAUGUAUUGUGCAUCUGAGAGUAAGCUGGAAUAUAAGAAAUAUCCCCUUUCUCAGCGUCGUGCCGGAGAUGCCAUUUUCUUUGGUGGUGAGUGUGAUUGCAAUGACCGCAGUAGUAUUCAUCACGUCGGACUUAUGAUGGAUUCUGGCGAUCGCAUGUGGAAUGCUCCCAAUGAUCGUGUCAAUCAGGUUCAAGAAAACAGUAUCAAGGGUUUUGGCGAGAAACCUUGCCCUUAUGUUAUUCGCUUUACAUAA